AAAAAACACUUCCCGGUUAUCAGUUUCGCAACGGGAUGGGCUGAAGAGACUGCACUACACCGAUCAAGAAGGGAGGGAUACGGACUACGAACUCCUUCCGCACAUCACUCCUUGAGCGUAGCCAACGGAGCAAACCGGAGGUACCGUCUUCACCUGCUUGCCUGCCUGCUUGCCAACGGUACUGGACGGAAGCUACACCGUAGCAUGGAUGCUUUGAAAUCAGCAGGGAGAGCAAUUAUCAAGAGUCCCGGAGUUCCGCGGCACACAUGGGGAACUUCAAAGCACGAAAAGCUGCCAGAGAACUGGACGGACACCAAGGAGACGUUACUGGAGGGAAUGGUGUUUAACGUGAAGUACCUAGGCAUGACACUGGUCGGCCAGCCCAAAGGAGAGGACAUGGCCACCGCCGCCAUCCGCAGGAUUGUGAGCACGCAGGCUCGAGCCAGUACCAAGAAGUUCCGUAAGGUUACGCUGACUGUCUCCCCGAAAGGGAUCAUCAUCACAGAUACAGAGACCUCAGACCUCAUAGAGAACGUCUCCAUAUACAGAAUCUCAUACUGCACAGCUGAUAAAACUCAGGAUAAGGUAUUUGCCUACGUUUCCCAGAGUCAGUUCAAUGAAACCCUGGAAUGCCACGCUUUCCUGUGCCAAAAGAAGAAAAUUGCCCAGGCUGUGACGCUAACGGUGGCUCAGGCCUUCAAAGUAGCCCUGGACCUGUGGGAAGUUGCUCAGGAGGAUAAAAGCAAGAAGGCGAGGAGCUGCUGCACCUGCUCUGUCGGCGAAGGCCAGACCGAGACAAGCAAACACUGUGUCUCAGACCCAGAGAAACACAAGCCACUGGGGGUGGAGGACAAACUCAGGCGGCCAUAUCUCUCCACGUCCCUCAGCUCGCCCUCCCCACGCAACAAUCCCGCCCGGAGACGACCAAUAAAACACGACUCUUGGGAUGUGGAAGAUGGCCUUGAUGAUGCAUUCUCAAGACUGGCAGAGUCUCGCUCCGGACCCUUCUCUGAGGACGCACCUCUAAGUCCCCUGGAGGAUGACCUUAUGUCUCUGAGCAGUGAUGACUCAGACUAACGCUCACAACAUCGGCUGCCUAUCAAGCAGUUGUCCCCACAAACCAUGAAUACCUGACUGCCAAAACACAUUUUUGUGCCCUCUUUACAAAUUAGAAUGCCCAUCCUAUAAUGGUUCUCAUAAUCAACCUGAAGACUGACUUGCCUAAAACCUUGUACAAUUCCAACAUGUGUAAGGCAUCAAUACAUGAAUCUUCCUAAGGAAAUCAUUUUAAUUACAUAUUUUAGGAUUUCUACUGCCAAACAUUGUAACAAGCCUUUUUUAAUUCCACUAAUAUAAGACUGUAUUGUAUUUGAAUUUCUACUGUCAGUCACAAUUGUCAGUCACUUAAGGUUUUCCAGUGUAUUUAUUUAGAGUAGAUGGAAUCAAACUUUUGUAUCUUAGGCAGGCAAUGAAUAAAUCUACUUUUCUUACAGUACCUUUAAGGAUACAGUAACUUUAAGGAUCAACAAGAACUAAGUCCUACCAACUUUCAAUGUUCCUUUUGACAAAUUUACAGAUCAAGCUCACAUUUCUCAACAGCAAUUACUAGAUAUUUUCCCUCUGCUCAGUGGAAUAUUAGCUUCUGAAGUCUCAAUAGUUUUCUCCAGUGGUCCAGUUAGGAAACUCAAGCUGGUACGAAUGCUCAGUGGUUUUUAUUUAUUUCAUUAUGAAUUAUAGAUUCCUUUGAUCUAGCAUGUUGAUGCCUUUGUUUUUGUGAAGAACAAAAGGCAACUUGACAUAUAAUCAAUCAAUUGUUAGACCAGGUUUCUUUCAUCCAGUGACAUGCUGUGCUGUACAACACUCUGGUGUUUCUAUGCUAUGAUAUGAAUAGCAUGCAUUGAUCACUGAAGAAAAACAGGACCCUUUUAUCUCAGCAUAAAGGUUUGUACAUUAUUCACUUAUGAACCUUUUAAUGUUUAUUUAACAGUAACUGUUCUAUCAUUACACUUUUGCACACAACAUCUAAUAAAAUGCCAGUAACCUAUAUCUUGUCAUUAGAUUAAUCAUCAAUUGACAGUGACAUACUUAAUUUUAGCCAUAUCUUUCCCCCCUUUAUCUAAUUAUGAGAAUGUCAUAUUUACAAUUAAAAUAAGCAAUAGUUGAGAAGCUAACCUAGAGGUCCUGCAUUUUUGGAUUGUUAUCGAAAAUAUUCUGUGCUCUCUGAAAUGUUCUGUGCUUCUCAUGUCAUUGGGAACCUAAGCCCUGACUCUGUAAAUGUGUAAUUUCCUAUCCCUCCUAUCCCCUUCACUCUACUUCAGUGACAGAAAAUGCUUAAAAUCUCUCAAAAAUGAUUGAACUAUUCUCAUCACGUUGUAGACAAUUCUUGAAAAAUGGCACGAGCAAAUGGCUUUUAGCUACAAUGUAUCUAACCCAACAUUUAGAGUUAAGAACCCUUAAUGUGUUUUAACACAUAUCUGUCCGAGGACUAUCCAUUUUAAAGUCAAACCAAGGUUGCAAUAUUAAUUCCACACCUUUUUCUUUUCUGAAUUCAGCUACUAACAGGUCAUACAGGUUCAUGUUUUCCUUGUACAGUACUGAUUUAAACUAUUGAAGAUAUCAAUGUAAAGUGUAUACAAGGAAGGACAACUUUUAUAUCCUAAUUCUGUAUUUUUUCAAUGUUAAAAAUAGUGUAAUUAUCUUAUGUAUAUUAGGAGAUUUUAAACGGUAGAAUCAGGAUUUCUUGUCAUAUCAUGUGUUCAAGUCUUGUUGAAAUACGAUUUGUAAAUGUGAAUUUGUGAAUGCCUGUUAGUUUUGCAUUGAUACUGUAGGUAGAGCAUUUGUAUAACUGGUCACAUUUCCUACUGCAGACAUUGUUUUAUUUUAGAAGUAAUUUAGACCCAAACAGAAAGAUACAAUUACCUUUACACUUAAGAUACAAAUUAUUUAGAUUUGGACCCAUAUUGAUAGAAAUAUUAUUGUGAAGCAAAAAGGAGGGAAGGAGGGGGAUUCUAGGAGUUGUUGUCAUGACUGCAGAAUAAUUGGAAGUCUUAUCAGGUUAGACCAUGGCUUAAUUGCAUUGUUUAGCCUAGACUGCCUCAAAUACCACCUGGCUCCCAUAUGUCAGGGUAUGUGUGGAGUGUGAACAUUAGAUAACAGCAGAAGCUUGGAUGCUGGAGCUUAAACUUAUAUUAAAGCUGAGCUGGGCGGAGGAAUAUAUUCUAUAGAUAUAAGCACAUUGUAUCUCUUAAGGUAUUGCAGUGCUUUUUUACUACAGUAGCAUUUUGUAUGAGACACUUACUUGACGGGAAAGGGGGGAAAUGUUCCAGUUUCAGUCAAAGGUAAAGUCUAAUGUGCAAGGUUGAGCUCAAACCAUGUCAUUCUCCUCACCGCUGCUACCCAGGCAUUGCAUUUCCUUCUCUUGUGGAGGAAAUGUUUUUCUUUGCCACGUAAACUUUUUCCCCUGAAUCCAGUCCAACACCUGGUGUUUGUGUGUGUGUGGAGUAUGACUUCAUUUUAUUGCAGGAGAUUUUCAGAUUGGCUGUUUUCAAUGUCUCUUGGAGGACUCGGAAAUUGGAUUUUAAAAUGUGUAAACACAAGGGAAAUGAACCUAACCUCUAUAGAGUAGCAAAAGUUUACUUAAGAACAUGUAUUGCUUUUUGCAUUGUAAGCCAGACCAUUUAAAGUUGGACUGCAUCUUAUCAUUUCAAAUUAAUUAUUGAACUCAGUUGCAUGGUUUUUGAAUGAUUAUGAUACAUACAGAUCCAUACUCGGAACGUUUCUCAACAGAAACAAGACAUUCAAUCAGACAUCAAUGUAAUGGUUCAUUAUGUAUUCAAAUAUAUUGAAUUAGAAUCCUUGUCUCUAAUACAGUUGUGACUAGUAUGAAGUUAUGUUUACUUGAUCAGUCUAUUUUGUAAAGAAGGUGCUCAUUUUCUGAGAUCUAUGCAAUUGUAGGAUUUUUUCCACGUUCAGUUUUACUUGUGAGUGUAGGCUACUUUGUGCAAUUGUCCUGUCUAAUCCAUGGUAUAGCUCCAUUUGUGCAUACUUUGAUGUUACUUCGAUGACAGUUUUGGUUCCAUAAACAUAAUGCUGUAUGCAUAAUAAAUA